CUCUGGAAGCAACUGGAAGCUGGAAGAGGCAAAAAAGAUUCUUUUCUAGAGCCUUGGAAAGCUGCCCCGGCAAGUGCGGAGUAGAGAGAGCUGGAUUUCUUCAACACCAGUGGCUUUGCAGGAUGACGGCGGGGUGAUGGCUUGCUGGGGCGUAAACAAAAGGAGGCACGUGGGACUCCAGCAGCUCGCGUCCUUCGCACACGCAGGAAGGACCUUCCUGGGCCCAGUCAAGUCCUCCAAGUUCGUUGUGGACGAAGAGGGUCAGGAGAGUGUGCUAGUCAGUUCAACAGCCCGGCUCCUGGAAAGGCUGGACCUGUCUGGCGCGGUAGGGCAGCUGCUCAGGGAGGCUGUCCAGGCCCAGAGCAGCGCCUACGGGACUGGGGCCAGCACCCUCCUGUCUCUCGCUGGCGCAUGGAGCAGCGCCGCCGCCGAGUGCCUCCACCUGGGGGUCCCCGUGCCAUCCAUUGUGUCGGGCAUGGCGGAGGGCUUGGCCUCCUGCAUGGAAGAGGCAGCUGUCCUUCAAGUGCCUCUCCACCAUGUCGUGGACCAGAUGGGCAGUACGCAGCCGUCUUCUGGGCCUGGGUCAUCGGGUGUCAGUUUGGGUCUCUCUCUACAGACGCCUUCAGAGACUGGUUUGAUGCCGGAAGAGUGUGGUCCCCAAGAGGUUGCCUCUCAGUCAUCAGCCAUUUCCAGUGUUGCUGGGGGACCUGUUAAGUCAACCAAACUUUUCAGACCUAAGGCUACAGUCGGAACAGAUGAAAACCCGUCGCAAACCCCCCUGACUCUGAGAAGCAGUCUGCUUGCAGACCCCCGCAGCGGAAAGCGCAUACUGACCCACAGUAGGCACUGCAAUCGGGCAGGCGAUGCUCGCUGGGCGAGCAGGCCAGGUGGAGUUCUAGAACAAUGUGCAGCCGCUCCCCCUGCCCCCUGGUGCAAGGAGCUGGCAGAGCUGGCGGCGGGCCUGAGCCACGGAGACGCCGGCAGCAUGAAGCUGGUAGAGGCGGCCGUGCGGCUGCAGCACCAGCGGGCGGGCCCACACCGGGGCAGCCCGGCGGCGCCGUUCUUGUUCGACGUUUCACGAGUCUUCACUUGCUGUUUGCCAGGCUUCCCCGAAGCCGCGUCCUGCGUCUGUGCGGGAUAUGUCACCGUCGUGUCAGCAGCUUGCGCUGCCCUGCUCGGGGACUUACCGAGCCAGCCUCUCCGAGUGGUUCUCCUCGAGGGGGACCUCACAGAGAGCUACCGCCACCCGGGGUUUAACAAGGCUGCAAAUGUCCGAACAGUGUCAGAGAGCGCAGAGAAACUUCACCGAGACAGCCCCGGGGAACUGUGGGCAAACCACGUGUUGCAGGUGUUGGCUGGGCUCGGCGUGCACCUCGUGCUGGUGCAGGGAAGCGUGUCGGAGCUGCUGGCUGAGAGGUGCGCACGCAGCGGGCGGUUGGCUAUCGGGUCGGUGCCCGGCCGCGUGAUGCGGAUCUUCGCGGAGGCUUCCAGCGCCACGCCGGUGACCUACACCUCGCAGGUGAGCGCCGCCACCGUGGGCAGCGGGGUCUGCGUGGCCGCCUGGGGCGGUGCUCCCGGGGUCGUUGGCGAUGGAGUCAAUGGAAGGGCGAUCGUGGUGAAAACGGAAGGGAUUAAUUUGGUCACGGCGGUGCUCACUGGCCCUGUCGCGGCACAGGUGCAGACCAGAGAAGACAGGUUCUGGGCCUGCGCCUACCGUCUGCACUACGCUCUGAAGGAGCACAAGGUCUUCCUCGGAGGCGGUGCGGUUGAGCUUCUGUGUCUUAGCCACCUGCAGGCUCUCGCGGAGCUGCCUGUGGCUGCCGGAGACCAGGCCCGCUCUGGAGGGCGGCCGGGCGCUGCCCCACGGCUGGCCGCGGCACCGGCGCUCCACAGACCCGCCGUGCUCCGGGGCCUGGCCAGCGGGUGGCGCCAGUACCUCUCCACUCUCCUGCGUAACGCCGCCGGUCACUCCUCGGAACUGGAAGCCUGGACUUUGAUUCAGCACCAUCUGCAACGCGCCGCAGACUCGGGCUCUCCUUCGUCUUACAUCUUGAAUGAAUAUAGUGAACUGAGUAGUGGAAUUUUUAAUUUAGGCAAUUCAAAUCAGCUGGGGCACAGCCCCAGAGUCUACGACACCGUUACGCCAAAGGUGGAGGCAUGGCGCCGCGCCCUGGAUCUAGUGCUGUUAGUGCUGCAGACAGACAGCGAAAUCAUUACUGGGCGUGGGCACGCCCAGAUAAAGUCACAGGAGUCGGAGGGCUUUUUGUUUUUGUAGGGUUAUUGGCUAAGUCUUUGGGAAAUAAUCUUUUGUGAUAUGCUGAUAAUAAAUUUUCUAGUAGACGAGUCACCGUGCCUAAAAUGCUAGCUUUUACCAAGAAAAAUUGAUGUCCAUCAGUAACUGUGCAAGGUCGGGAAUCCACCCCACUUACAAGUUCACCGGUUAGCCUGCUACUCUUUCACAGGAAGGGGAUGAUGCAGAACCCACGAGACACUUUGG